AUUUUUACAUCCGUUUAGGAGAUUAAUUAAUUGUGUUUUACUUAUUAUAAGACUUGUUAUACAAACUGGUAGCGGCAAGGGAUCUUUUAGUAGUGGGGCAACAGUUAGCAGUUAUUCAUUUUCUAAAAUUAGCCGAGUUCCUGUUUGUGUACUAUAGAUAGAAACACCUCAAUCAUAAGAGAAAUUCCUUCAUUCAUUCCCUUAGGAAUUACAUUUAGCAUUAUCAUUAUAUAUAGAGAUAGAUUAUACAAUUGGGAUGUCGUUUCUCUUUAAGCGAAAUCCCAAGACUCCUCAAGAACUUGUGAGGGCUGUAUGUGAACUGGUCGUUAAGCUUGAUUCUAAUAGUGAUAGUACUAAACGAUAUCAAGAUGAUUGUUCUAGAUAUUUAAAACAAAUGAAAGGUAUACUUGUUGGUGAUGAUGAAAACAUGCCUCAACCCGAUCAAAUAUCUUAUUUAUCUCAAGAAGUUUAUGUAACAGAUUGUUUAUAUUUAUUAAUUUAUCAUUUAAAGAAAUUAGAUUUUGACGCUAGAAAAGAUGUUCAAUUAAUAUUUCUGAAUCUUUUACGACGGCAAAUAGCUAAUAAAUCUCCUACAGUGGAUUAUUUAAUUAAUUCUAAACCAGAAAUUAUACUAUUAUUAUUAAAGGGUCCAGAAUCUCAAUCAACAGGUUUAAUAUGUGGACAAAUUUUAAGAGAUUGUAUAAAAUAUGAUUCGAUAGUAAAAUUUAUAUUAGGUAAUUCAUUGUUUUGGAAUUUAUUUAAAUAUGUUCAAAUCCCUAUAUUUGAAUUAUCAACUGAUUCAUUUAUUACAUUACAUGAUUUAUUAACUACUCAUAAAAGUGUUGUUAUUGGAUUCUUAACUAGUAAUUAUGAUCAAUUUGUAUUAAAUGUUAAUAAAUUAAUCCAAUCAGCUAAUUAUGUUACUAAAAGACAAAGUAUUAGAUUAUUAAGUGAAUUAGUAACUGAAAAGGAAAAUAAAGAAUUCUUAACUAAAUAUUUUGAUGAUCCAACUAAUUUAAAAAUUAUAAUGUUAAUACUUAAUGAUAAACUGAAAAAUUUACAAAUAGAAGGUUUCCAUAUAUUCAAAUUUUUCAUAGCUAAACCUAAGAAAUCUCAAAAAGUUUUGGAUAUAUUAACCAAAAAUAAAGAGAAUUUCAUUGCAUUUUUUAAAACUUUUGAUAUUGAAAGUUAUCAAGAUCCUAAUGCCAUUGAAGAGCGUAAUUAUAUAUUACAAACUAUACAAGAAUUACCCGAUAUUGAACGUAUAAAUUAGAUUUAAAAUAUUCGUGGUAGAUGUAUAUAAUGAAUUAAAUAUGUAUUAUUUAUUAUUUAUUAUUUAUUAUUUCUUAUUUAUUAUUUCUUAAUUAUUCUAUGGGAAAUAAAUUUAUUGAGCAACUCUU